GUUUCACUUCAGCAAAACUCUAGCCAUUGCCAUUGCAGUUUCAUUUCUCAUUUCUUGACGAUUUUAAACUGCUUUCAUUUUUCUUUGUAGCGUGAGUUGUUUCAGAUGCCUUUUCUGUGGGCUUUGAUGCAUUUUUAGUUCUUCUACUACCUACUUGGGUAGUAGUCUUCGCGAUAUAUUGUGACCGUUUCAUAGAUAGUUAAAAAUUUCAGUUUCUUCUAAUAAAAAUGAUAGAAACAGAGAAAAAAAUGCAGCCGGAAGUUGCUAAACCAACCGAAUCUCCUUUCUGGGUUUCUCCUACGGGUUCUGACAGUGAUUUACCGCGAUACAGCGAGAUUUCUUAUUCGUAUAUGGAUGAUUUGGAAAAAGGUUGUUUAUGUUUACGUCCAAUUCGCGCACCACCAUAUUCUGAAAAGAAGAGUCAAGCAGCGUCCAUGAAUGCUUCUGAAAAUUCCAACACGUCUGUAUUAUGGUUAAUUAUCUGUCCAGCAAAGGUUGCUAGGAUUCCACAAGCUACUGUCAAAGUGGUAAAUGAAACUGCUCGACUUGUCUGGUGCUACAUUUUUGCAUUUGUGCUGGAUUUUGUAUUUUCGGACUUUCUUCUUUUUCCUUUUAUAAAAAAGUCAAUGGAAAAUGCACGGAUUCAGUUGAUUCUAGCGGUUCUUCUUGCCAUUUUGGCUUUCUGGAUUUGCUUAUUUGUUGUUUCAUACUUGUUGGAUCUUUUCAUUCUGUUACUAAAUCAACUUAAUCUCUGGAUUGCUUCAAUUUUCGGUUUCGACUUGACGUUGGAAAGAAACGACUUGGCGGGUGAUAAUCCCAUCCCACUGAAUACAAUCCCAACCGAGUCUCAAAACCUAUCAAAUGACCCUAAUACUCUUACAGAUGAACAACCAUCUUCUGAAUGCGUUGAACAAUUUCCGGAAAGACAGCGAAAACCAAGUCAAUCUAGGGACGUUGGAAGCACUGGGAAUUUGGAAAGCAGCUGAUUCCUUGGUUUCGUACUCUAUCUUCUUUCGAUAUUUUAAAUCGGCGAGCUGAGAAAUUGAGAGGGUUCUUUUCAUUCUCUGUUUCAUAUUCAGUAUUUUAAUGUUACGUUAUCUUCAUUUUAACACACUUUUUACGUUCGUUUUUUGCAUAAAUUAUUUAUUUUGUACUUUGCAUUGCUGAUGUCGUUAAAUGCGUGGUCAUUCUUGAUGCUACGAUGAAAUCGUAUUGACUUUGAGAUAAGUGAACGUUUACAUAACAUGGUACGUGAAUAGAUUGACAUUGUUUCACUGGCAAUCCUUUCGCUGUGUGAUCUGUACUUUAGACCGGGAUGACAACUAUGAAUUGACUUUGUCCCUUAACGAGUAUCACUUUUCUUUUUGAUUACAUCUUGCAUCUGUGUGACGCUCCAUUCUCCUCUGUGCUAAUAAGAAAUUACAUUGUUACAUUUUUCUUCUUAUUUGUUUGUACUGUAAUUUUAGAUGUGUGCCCUUUUUCUCUGUAUUGUAUUAACAUAGCAUUUAAAGAUAUUUCUGACUGAUGUCUUAAUAAUUACUGCUUCUUGUCG